AUGCACAUUCCCACCCACCUCCCCCUCCUUGUUCUCUCCCUCUUCACCCCUGUCAUCACCUCAUCCCCCGUCCUCGCAACCCGCGACGCAUCCACCGUCAAGACCGACCUUGCAAAAAUAGCAACAGACCUAAACACUCUCACCACGGCCGUAAACAGCUUCACCGGCGGCCUGACCGCUGCGCUAGCAAUUCAGACAAAAGAACAAGCCGUGGAGACCGACAUCAACAAAGCUACCACAGACACCAACGCCGCGUCGGCAUUCACGAGCGCCGAGAGCAGCGCCAUCACGACGGCGUUGCUUGCUUUGGAACCAAACAUUGAUUCUUCAUUGGCGGCUUUGGUUUCGAAGAAAUCGCUCUUCGUCUCCGCCGGCGUCAGUAGUAUCGUGCAGCUCGACCUUCAGAACCUGAAGACCAAAACAGACACCCUUUCGACCGCAUUGCAGAAGAAGACAACUGCUGCGGACAAAGCGACUAUUGCAUCGAAGACGGUGGAGUUGGACGCGGCGUUUGAGAGCGCACUUGCUGCGUAUUCCUGA